AUGGCAGAGCACACCUUUACUUUCGAUACUGCCGGUGACUUGACCCUCGUGGUAGGCACUGAGCUUGAGGGAGUGGAACAACAAACAUUCCUCAUAUGCUCAAAAGAUCUCUCACGCUCAUCUCCUGUCUUCAAAGUCAUGCUUUACGGUCCUUUCAAGGAAGCCCAGAACUCUACAAGCGCCUGCCCAUGGACUGUGGGGUUGCCAGAAGAUAACCCAGUCGCAUUCAAGACCUUUCUCCACAUCAUGCACUCUCAAUUCGAAGAGGUCCCAGAUGUUUUGGGCCUGAAAGACAUUAGAGAUCUGCUGGAGUUGUCCAACAAAUACGAUAUGGUGCAUCUUCUGAGACCAUGGGCUAAGACUUGGUUUCAACCUCAUGUAACUACGCAACAAGUGAUCGACUAG